AUGGAUUGGGCAAUUAUAAGAACUAAAAUUGCAACUGAUUAUAAAAGAUAAUGCUCUGAAUUUUCAAAACCUGUAAAUUAAGCAAUAGUUCGAACUUAUUAAACUAAAGCAAAUGAUAUUAAUAUAAUUUUUAGAGGAAAUUACAAGCUCAAUUUUAAUUAGAGAAUGUUAGAUUAAGAUUUAAUUUUAUUACUUUCUUGUCUUCAAAAUUAUAAAGAACAUAUCAAACACAUUGAUCUAUCAUUUAAUGAAAUCACUAAUGUAGGAGUUCAAGAAUUAUCAAAAUUUUUAUCAGGUACUCAAUCUUAAUUAAAUAAAUAAGGAUGUAAUUCAUUGGAAAGCCUAAAUUUACAGAGUAAUAAAAUUAGUGUAGAAGGAGGGGAAUUGAUUGCAGAAGGUAUUAAAGAUAUACAUACUUUGACUCAUUUGAAUCUGAACUUUAAUAAUUUAUAAACUAAAGGGGCAAUGUCUAUUGUUGAAAUGUUAUUUAAUAAUAAAACAAUAUUAGAAUUAAAUUUAGCUAAUAAUGGUAUUGAUCAUGAUGGUGUGAUUGUAAAUAAUCUAUAUAGAUUUUUUAGGCAAUUACAUCAAUUUUGAAUUGGAAGAAUAAUUCAUUAUAAAUUUUAAAUUUAGAUAAUCCAGUUUAUCAUUCUAUUGGAUAAGAGACAGCAAUACAUUUUGGCAAAAUGUUUCAUUCUAAUAGAGGAUUGGAGAAGAUAUCUUUACAAAAACAUAAUUUUACAUGUGAUGCCAUAUACAUAAUUACAGAACAUUUAUUAGAAAACAAUAAAUUAAGAGUCUUAGAUUUAACAGCAAAUAGAAUUUCAUUUAAGGGAUGUGAAGCUAUUGCUAAAUAUUUAUGUGGAGAAUAUUGUGUUUUAGAGAGUCUUAUAUUAACAUCAAAUAGAACAGGACAUUAUGGAGCGAAAGCAAUUGCAUAGGCUUUAAGCAAGAAUGUAAAUAUAUCAAAUUAGAUUUUAGAGAACCUUAAUACAUUUAGAUAUGGUUAGAAAUGAUAUUGAUGAUAAUGGUCUAAAGAUGAUUGCAGAAUCAUUAGAAACUAAUGAUAUGCUUGUAUCACUUAAGCUUUAUUAAAAUCAUUUUGGUUAGAUGGCUUUAUAAGCAUUUCAUAAAUACAGAAUGAAAAAUAACAAAAAAUAAGGUAGUUCAUUAUUUAUUAUAUAAUAUUCUUGCAGCUGAAAGAUUCUGGGAUUUCCAUACUUACAUUGUAGACAAUCAUAUUGAAAUGGCAUAUGUAGAAUAAAACAUUCCAUACGAUAUUUAAGUAUCAAGUCAAUAUUUUAUUAAUUGAAUUAUUUUUAUACAAGAAUUCAUAUUAAUAAUAUUAAUAUCAAAUGUAAUAAGAAAUUGAAUUGACACUUGAUCAAAUUUUAAAUCAGAUUGAUAAACAUGAUGAUGAACUAGAUUUCUCUGAAGAGGGAGGACUUGUUCGUAUAGUGGCAUUCGAUUAAUUAAAACUUGAAUUAAGAAAGAAGAUUUUAAUAAUCAAUUUAUCAAAUAAUAGGUUGAAAAUGAUUGAGGAAGUCAAUUAAUUUUUUAAUCUAAAAACUUUAGAAGCUAGUCACAAUAUUAUAGAAGAUGCAAAAUUAAAAACUAAGAAUUUGCAAUAUCUAAAUUUAUAAUAUAAUAGAUUAAAACGAUUUCCUGAUUGUGGUCCUUUAGCAUAACUUAAAUAUAUUGAUAUUUCUCAUAAUUCAAUUACUACAAUCUAAAAUAAUGAUAUAAAGUAAUUCUCAAAAAAUUUAGAAGUCUUAUUGAUUAAUGAUAACUUAAUUAAGUUUGCUCAUGGUUAUGAUAUUAAAAAUAUACUUGAAGAAUUAAAAUAAUUAAAAAUCUAAACUUUAAAUAUUUUGAAAAAUCCAUUUUUAAAAAAAUAACCACUUAUUGAAACUGCAUUUGCUGUUACAUUAUCUGGAAUGUUAAAAAUGUUGAAUAACAAAUCUACAGAUUUAUUUAUACCUGAUGCUAAUUUUAAUAUUGAAGAUAUAUUAGGUGAUGUAGAAUUUAUAGAUAGUGAACCUGAAGAAGAAGAUUAAGAAUAUGCUAAAUAAUUAUGUGAUAAGAUAACCAAAUGUAUAAAUGAUCCUUAAGCAAUUGUACCUUGUCUAAGGAAAAUAGAUGAUUUAGUAAAUAGGAUAAUUGUUUAACCAAAUAAAGCUGAUUUGUGUUUUCUUGAUAAGGAUCUAAAAAAAUAAUAAUAAAUUGCAGAAUAUAUAGAUAGUUUCUUGUAAAAUUGUUUUCUUUUUGCUUAAAAUUAAUAAAGUUAUGUAGAAUAAAUUCUUAAGGCUUUAGCAUAAUUAGCAAUUGUUAAAUGCUUAGAAAUUGGAAGAAGAUGUUUUUAAAUGGUUGUAGAAAUAGUAAGAAGUGGGACUGGUAUGGCAGUAAUAGCUAGAAAUAUUAUAUAGAAAUAUAGUAUUCCUUUAUUAUAGUAAUAAAAGGAAUUAGAAUAUGUUCCUACAUUUGUUAUGGAAGGUAUUUUAAGAACAGUAGAAGAGAGAGAUGAUGAGGAAAUGGUUCCACUAAAAUUAGCUUAAUUGAAUUUUGUAGAUUGGUUGGAUUAGAUUAUGGCUAAUUAUAUGAAAGAUAUGGAUAAUUUAAGAGAGGAAUAAUAAUAGAGAGAUGUGUUAUUUUUAAAUUUUAUGGCAUAAUUAGCAGAAUUCACAAAAUUUGCAAAUGAAUAUCAUUAUCGAGGGAUUAUAUCAAAGAGUUUAGUUUUAUUCAAAUUAUUAGUGGAUUCUGAUUUAGAUGAAUAAUAUAUAGGUAUAUUGUAUUUAAUUAAUAAUUCAAUGAAAAGAAGUCAGAUAUGCACUAAAGAAGUAUUAGAUUCAAGAUAAACAGCAUGUAAUUUUAUAAAGGAUGUGGAAGAUGAAUUAAGGAAAUAUCUAUUCAUGUUUAAAAAGUUUAGAAAUUCUCUUUUAAAUCCUGAAACAAAAGAAAAUAAAGAUACUAUUUUAUUAAGAUAUGAGAAAGUUGGGAUUCUAAUAUAAGUAUUUGGAACAAUAUGGAAAUCAGAUGUGAUUGUAUAAUAAUAAAUAAAAGAAAGCUUUUUAGUGAAUGAAUUAUUAUAGAUGGCAACAAUUCCAGCAAUACAUCCUUAUUUAAUAAAUGCAGUUGCUAUUUAUAUUAGAAAACUAUUAAAAAAUAAAGUUAUUAAAAUAUAACAACCUGGAGUUGAUAAUAAUGAAAUUGUAAAAUAUAUAUGUUUAAAAACACAUAAUUGUGAAUUAUUAUUACAUUAUUUAGGAGGAGAUUAUUUUGUAUUAAUGAUGAAAUAAUUAGAUCCAACAAUUUAAAAAUUAACUAAAAAUUUAAGUUCAUUAUUAAAUACAAAAAUACAUGAAGUAUUUAGAAAUAUUAUUAAAUUACUUAAAUUUUUUUCUAAGAAUGCUAUUGGAUAUGAUAGUCCUAUUUCUGAUAUUUGUAUGGAAGUAAGUAAGAAUUUAGAUAAUAAUGGAAGAGAUGAAGCUUUAUUUAUUGUAUUAGCUACACCUAGUGAUAUGGUUAGAUUAGCUGUUGUCUAAUGCUUAUUAACAAUUAAGGUUUCUUAAUUAGAUUCUAAAGAAAUUGGUAAAUUAGUUACACUCUUAGGUUCCUAUAGGAAUUUGGGAGCAGGUAAAACAGAAAGUGUAGUUGCUAAUAUUAUGAUGAUAUUGACAAAGAUUGUUGUUGGAGAGAAAUCAUCAUCUAGAGAAGAUUUUGUAACUGUAUUCAGUUAAAAUGCAACAUUAUAUGCACUUGAUAUUUUAGAGAGAAAUUAAGAACGUGAUCUAUUAGAAUUAGGAGAUGAUAAUGCAGAAUAUUAAGAGAAAGUAGAAUUAUCUUUUGGAACAAACAAUUUUUUGAAAUCAUUACAUUGUGAACCAUUAUUACAAGAGAAUCUUAAAGGACUUUAUUAGGCUUAAUGUAUGAAGAAUGCACUUUUAAAUGAAGAUAGUUUACUUACACCUGAAACAUUAGAUAUUGAUGUUGAGAGAUCUUUUAUUGGUAAGUAAAGUUCUUAUUUAAUAUCUGUAUUAUUCAAUAGAGAUGCAUUAUUGCCAUACAAAAAAGUAUCAGAUAGAAUAUUAAUAAGAAUAGCAGAGAAUUUAGAAAUGAGACCUGAAGAUGAAGUUGAAGAUUUAAGUAAAGUCAAAAAUCCAGGUUUAUAUGAUUUCAAAGAAAUUUAAAAAAAUUGGAAGAAAAUAGCUUUAGAGAGAAGAGCUAAAUAAACAGAAAUAUGGGAUGCUAUGAAAACUAGUGCAGAUCCAUUUCUAGUAAUUGAAAAUUAAGAAGAUUCUAUUUAUCAUUAAAGUUAACAUUAAUUAUUCUAUGAUUAAGAAGGAUCUAUUAAUUUAUUAGGUUUCUUAGUUGGUAGAAAUCAAUCAGCUAAAUCUUUGUCUUUAAAAGAAUAUUUUCUUGAAACUUUUGGAAAUUAAUUAAAUUUUGAAAGGAUGAUAAAUUCAAUUAAUUUCUGCAUUCGUGAAUAAGUUCAUGAACACUUUGAUAAUUUAAAUAAAUAAUAAGAAAUUAAAAAAUUAUCUACUUCAAGAAUGAAUGAAAAAUUAACAACUAUAUUUUAAGGAUUACCUAUGCCUACAGAUCCAUUAAGAGGAUUUAUUAAAUAGAAACCAUAUUUUAAUCCAAAUAAGAUAAUUCAUUUUCCUAUGUUUGCUAAGAAAGCAUUAAGUAUUACUCAAGAACAUAUUACUUAUACAGGUAUUAAAUUUGAAGAAAGAACUAUUACUGUAUGUGCAUAUUUGAGAAUUGUAUAUGCUUUAUUAGGUUAUUGUCCAUAGGAUACAAAUAAACCUAAUAUUAAAAGAUAAUAAAUGGCUGAAUAAUUAGGAUAGAGGGCUGAUUAUAUCAGAGAAUUAACUUUAAUUUGUUAAUGGGCAGAUUGGCAUAAUGGUAAUAUAGGAGCAAAAUAUCUUAAAAUAAUGAAUGUAAUUUUAGAAUAUUCAUUUUGUGCUAAAGAAAAACAAUUUAUAACAUCUUUUUUUGUUAUUGCCAAAGCAGUUAGAGAUAUGUUAGAUAUUAUCUCUGUUAAAUUAUAAAAUGAAGAUAAAUUUCCAUUAACUUAUGAUGAUUUAGUAUUGAUUAAAGAGACAUGUGAAUGCAUGAGUAAAAUUGCUUCUAAUUUAACUAAAAUAUCUAAUGAAGAUAAAAUUAUGGAAACAUAUGAAAAAGAUUAUCCUGAUCAUUUCUAAAGAGAAAGACAUGAAGAAAGAAAUUAAACAGCUACUUUAAUUAAUAGAUAAAUUGAUGAAUAUAUCCUACUUAAUUUACUUCCAUUAUAAGGUUUUACUAUAUUCUUAGAAAUUAUUGUAUGGGAUAUGUAAUCAGAAAAAAGUCUAUUGGCUGCAGUAGGUUUAGAUGAAAAAUUCUUUAAAAUUAAAACAUAAACUAGAGCAUCUUUGAUUAAAUUAGUUGGUCUUUAUAUUGUAAAAUGUAAAAGUUUAAAAUUCUAAAUUUUAUCUGUUUUAACUAAAAUGGAAGUAUUUACUAAAAAAUUUAUAAGACAAUCUUUUAUUUAAGAAAUUUUGGAAGAUCUAUUUUAAUUUGAUUAUUAAUUUAAAUUAUAAGAUAGUUUAUUAAAUAGAUCAAUCUUAAUUAAAAAUAAGGAUGAUGAAGAAUAAUAAGGAAAUUAAAGACCUGAUUAUUAUGUUGAUCAUUUUAUUAAAUGUUAUUAUCAAACACAAAGAGGUCUAAAUAUUCCUGCUUUAGUUAUAGUAACUUCUAAAUAUUUUAUACUUUGUGAGGGUGAUGAAGAAAUUAUAAAGAAAAAGAAUACUAAUCUAUAAGUAGAAAAUCCUAAUCUAAUAAUGGAAUUUUCAUCACUUAAAUUGAUAUUUAAAAUAAAUAAAUCAUAGGUAUUACAGAUAGAAUAUUUAUAUUAUAGAUAGAAGGAAUUUACAGAAUGGAAGGUGAAUAAAGAAUUUGUAUUCUAUAUUCUGUUACAGAUUAACCACCUCCAUUUAAAGAUGAAGAUGCUUUAGAAGUUGCAAUAUUAUUCUUUCCUAAAAUAAUUUCAACAAUGAAAUUUUAAAUAGCUUUGAGUAAUAUAAAAUUUUCUGAUGAUACAAUCAGUCAAGGUGCAUUAUUAUAUAUUAGUAAUGGAAUUUAACCAAAAUGCAUAAUGUGGGCAGUUAUAAAACCUGAAAUACCUAUAUUUAACAAAUUUAAAGAAUUUCAUAAGAAAAGAAUGUUAAUACAUAAUGAUGGAACACAAUUAAGAUUAUUUACAGAAACACUUGAAGAUUGGUAAUCAUUAACUAUAGAAAAUUAAUAGGUUUUUUCUUAAGCCAGAUUUAAUGCUUGAACAAACAGUACAUAAAAAAUAUUCAAAAUAUCCUUCAGAUACAUAAAAGAAAUAAGCAAGUGAAUAAACUUAUUUUAAAUUGAAAGGAUCAUAUGAUUUAAAUAAAUUAAGAAUACUUGAAAUUGAUUAAACUUUACAUAAUCAAUUAAAUUUAGAAUUUGAAUCUUCAAAUCCUUUACGUCUACUUUUUGGAUGUGACAGAGCUAGAGAAAUAUUUAAGUUUUCUCUUCUUAAAUCAAUCGAUGUGAAGAGAUUUCAAAUUAAAAUAGUAAAAUGA